AUGGUUUUAGUUAAAGAUAUCUUGCACCCCAAUCCAGAGACAGUGAAGAAAGAAUACAAGCUCAAGAAACUCGUCCAGCAACCAAACUCAUACUUUAUCGACAUCAAAUGUCCCGGCUGCUACAACAUCGUCACUAUAUUCAGCCACGCGCAAACCGCGGUAACUUGCGAAAAGUGCUCGAAUUUGUUGUGCACUCCCACGGGAGGCAAGGCUAAAUUAGCUGAAGGCUCGUCAUUCAGAAGAAAAUAA